AUGCCGCUCGUAGUGUUUUGCGGGCUGCCAUACAGCGGCAAGAGCCGGCGGGCGGAGGAGCUCCGUGGGGCGUUAGCGGCCGAGGGCCGCGCGGUGUACGUAGUGGAUGACGCGUUGGUGCUGGGUACGGAGGACGCGACGGUGUAUGGCGAUUCGGCCCGUGAGAAGGCGUUGCGCGGGGCCUUGCGAGCCGCAGUGGAGAGGCGCCUCAGUCGCCACGAUGUAGUCAUCCUCGACUCGCUUAACUACAUCAAGGGCUUCCGCUACGAGCUCUACUGCCUGGCGCGGGCGGCGCGCACUCCGCUCUGUCUGGUAUAUUGCGUACGGCCGGGCGGUCUGAGCGGGGGACCUCGGGUGGCUGAUGCGGUGGACCACCGAGGCCUGAACCUCAGUGUGAGUUGGAGGCCGCGCACUGAGGAAAGAGGGAGACCUCUGGCGGUGGGCACCCCUGUCCUCAGGGAACCACAAGCAGUGGACUCUGUAGCAAGCGGGAGAACCCAAGCAGUUGUACCUAAGGAACUGGAGCCGGAGGAAACCGGGGUGCCAGAUCUUCCAGCUCCUGUGACUUCAGAAUUUGAUACAUGUGAAAAGCGUAUGGUCAGUACCUUUUACUCUCCUGAACUUAUGGAGGCACUAACGCUGCGCUUUGAGGCUCCCGACUCUCGGAACCGCUGGGACCGGCCCCUGUUCACCUUGGUGGGCUUAGAGGAGCCAUUACCCCUGGCAGAGAUACGGGCUGCCUUGUUUGAGAACCAGGCUCCCCCACCGCAUCAGUCUACACAGUCCCAGCCCCUUGCCUCCGGCAGCUUUCUGCACCAGUUGGAUCAGGUCACCAGCCAGGUGUUGGCAGGACUGAUGGAAGCUCAGAAGCGCGCGGUCCCUGGAGACUUGCUUAAGCUUCCUGGCACCACGGAGCACCUGCAGUUUACCCGGCCUUUGACCAUGGCAGAACUGAGUCGCCUCCGACGCCAGUUUAUUUCCUACACCAAAAUGCAUCCCAACAAUGAGAACCUGCCUCAGCUGGCCAACAUGUUUCUGCAGUAUCUGAGCCAGAGCCUGCACUAA